CUCCUUUUUGCUUGUCUGCGCCGAGUAUUUUUUUCUCCAUUCACACAUGAAAUACCUGACUGUAGCGUUUUUCUUUUGUUUCUAUCCGUAGCUGUCCUCGUCGAUGUGCUCUUGUGUGAGAGUGUGCGCUUCUUUCCUUAUUCACAGUCUGUUCAGAACGUGUUUCUGUGAUCUUUGUUCAAACGUGCAACUGAAAGAUGACCUGUGUGAGGUGGUCAGCGAAAUGGAGACACUGGACUCCGGCGAGGAUGGCGGCAAGAACAGCAACAAGGCCAAGAUGAUGUCGAUAGGCAGGAAAAAGUUUAACAUGGACCCGAAAAAGGGUAUCGAGUACCUGAUCGAGAAAGGGCUGCUGCAGCACACUGCGGAAAGUGUCGCGCAGUUCCUUCAUAAAGGCGAAGGCCUUAACAAGACCGCUAUAGGCGACUAUCUAGGUGAGAAGAACGACUUUAAUGAGCAGGUGUUACAAGCUUUCGUCGAGCUACAUGAUUUCAAGGACCUGAUACUCGUCGAAGCACUCAGGCAAUUCCUAUGGAGCUUUCGACUACCUGGAGAAGCCCAAAAGAUUGACCGGAUGAUGGAAUGUUUUGCGAAACGGUACUGCGAAUGUCAGGGCGAUAAUAAAUUCUUUGAAAAUUCUGACACCUGUUACGUCCUGUCAUUCGCUAUCAUCAUGCUAAACACCAGUCUGCACAAUCCCAGCGUCAAGGAAAAGCCUAGUAUAGAGCAGUUCAUCAAUAUGAACAGAGGCAUAAACCAGGGACAAGAUCUGCCUAGGCAGCUGCUCGAAAGCCUGUAUAACAACAUAAAAGCGGAGCCGUUUAAAAUUCCCGAAGACGAUGGGAAUGACCUGAUGCAUACGUUCUUCAAUCCGGACAAGGAAGGAUGGUUGUGGAAGCAGGGUGGCAGGUACAAGAGCUGGAAGCGGCGAUGGUUUAUACUGAACGAUAACUGCCUCUACUACUUCGAAUACACUACUGAUAAAGAACCAAGGGGGAUCAUACCCCUCGAAAAUAUCAGCAUUAGGGAGUGUACGGAUAGACAGAAACAGUACUGUUUCGAGCUUUACGCCAGUGGCGGCGCUGACUUCAUCAAGGCCUGCAAGACUGAUUCUGAGGGCAAGGUGGUUGAGGGUAAACACACGGUAUACCGUAUGUCGGCCAGCAGCGAUGAAGAAAGGAAAGAAUGGAUUCAAAGACUGACACAAAGUAUUAGUCAUAAUCCCUUCUACGAUAUGUUGGCGAGUCGGAAGAGAAAGGCUCAAUUGUAUGCGAAAAACUGAAUUAUAUCGCAAACCAGUGAUAAUGUACAGAUGAUUUUGCAGGCAAAGUGUCGAUUGAGUAUGUGAACUAUAAAUACCUAUAAUCAUUUACCUGAAGUUUUGGGCGUGUUGUCGAUAUGAACACGAGCAUUGUAUUUAGAUUCUUACAAGUCACUGUAACCAUGCAUUUUGACAGAUUUCGAGUUCCAUCGCAUUGCGGUUCUUUCAUAAAAUGGGCUUUAAAGUGAUAGAAUAGAUUUUUCUUCGACAAUCAAGUGCUUUUUAAAUUUAAAUGCAACUUAUAAAUCAUUGCUAGUUGGACAGCGAAUCACAUUAUUUUUUCAUAUUACUAAUGGUUUAUGAAAUUACGAAAUAUUUGAAAAUAAUCAUGCCUUGCGAGUUUUAUAUAAAUUUUAUCUACAUUUACAGUUAACUAGGAAUGGAGAUGGCCUUAUAAUGGUGAAUUGACCUCUGUACUAUUCAUUUUUUGAAACAACUUGAGAGAUAGGAAAAUUGGUGAAAUGACUUGGCAGCCUAUAUUUGAAUUUUAUAUAAUGGCCUAUUUUUUUUGUCCUUACAAACAGCUCAGUGUUACGUGUCUGAGGUUAGUAGAGUUGGUGAAUGUGGAAUACUUUUCAUUUAAAGCCUAUAGCAGUUUGACGCAUUCAAGUGAAUCAAGUAGUUCUGAUAUCUGUGAGGUUCUGUCAAAUCGCUGAAGUAAUUUAGGUUGCAUAUUUUGAGUCCAUGCAUUUGCAAAAAUGAAAUUAUGCGUGUAAUAUGUAGCCAUGGAAAAUUAGUAUGGUAAUGUGGAAUACUAGGGUUUGGUAAUGCAGAAUAUGGCAUGGUAAUGUGGAAUAUAACAUGGUAAUGUGGAAUAAUGAUCUUUUUGUUGGUUUGUACAAAUGUUGAACAUAUUUCACAAGCAGAAGUGCUGAAUAAUCUUUUGUCUGUGAAACAUAGUACAGCGUUUUAAAAAUCUAUCUAAUGAUGUGUAAGUUUUGCAAAUAUUAUCUAUAAUCUUGAGUAAAACUUCUUUAUUUUUGUUCUAAUCUUCAUUUUACUGAGAUUCCAAACGGCUGAUGGUGACCAAAAUAAAUAAAUGUACAUUCUACAGAACAGUGAACGAACAAAACAUUGUCAAAAUCUGCAUAUCUAAAUGUUUUGGUUUUAUACUUGCAAAAAUCGCAUGUUACAGUAGUAAAAACGACGUAAAAACUGAUUAGUUUUUGAAAAUCGGUCCAAUGGCGGCUGGGAAAAAGGCGUAAGGCUUCUCGUCCAUUGAAACCGCAUUCGUCCGAGUAAGUAGUCGGCCGACUUAACGGCCGAUUUGGACGUCAGAUCUCUGCUCGUCUACUGCAGCCGAAUUAUAUCCGAGACAAGUAGGGCGACAACUUCGUUCGUAUGAUGAAUGUUGAUUAAUUUCAUUACAAAAUGGAUAGUGACUUGUAUUUCUUAGAAAAUUCAUACCUCGUAAGGCGACGGUUGAAUCGAAAGGCGAAAAGAAAGUGUUGGGUCAACUCUAUUUUAAGAAAAAGAAAAACUCUAGGUGAAUUUCAUCAUUUACAUGAUGAAUUAAAGAGAAACAGUAAAAAGUUUUUCGAAUAUUACAGAAUGAGUAUUGGAACAUUUCACUAUAUCUUAGAUGUAAUUCAGCCAUCAAUUAUAAAAUACUCGAAUUUCCGAGAAACUAUACCACCCGAGGAACGUCUGGCUUUAACACUGAGGUAAGCUAAAUAUUGAUAUUUAUUUUACCAAAACAAAAGAGUUUAAUUUACAAAACAUGAGUACUUAAAAUUAUGGUAGAACUGUUAAAAAACUUAAUUCAGUUUCAUCUCUGAAAUUUGAAACGUAACUUGCAGCACUCUCCAAUGAACUGGCGUCAUGAUUUCCUACAUUGAUGGAAUUUGGAGGGGACGACAGAGUGUGUGUACCAUGUGAGGAAUAUGCAUAACAAGACGAAUGGCUUCGUGUGUGUGAAGGAUUCUCUUCUUCAUCAAUGAAAACUUGUAAUAAUUUAUGUCUAAGUACAAGGUUUCGAUGAGGUGGUGCUUUUUUUAAAAAUGGCAGAAGGCUUACUAAAAACUGGUAGUCACUGUCUUCUUUCGCACCAGCUUUCUCAGCAUAUAAUUUUAAUUUCUCUUUCUCUAUUUCAAGAAACGGGUCAUCCGCUGUAUUAGGCAAUAUUUUCCUUUUUUUCUUGUAUUUAUCUGUAUUUUUCGGUGGUUCUAAUUUCUUUCCUUUGUCGACUUGUGGGGUACUUCGUUUAUUUAAGGCUCUUGAUACAGAAGGCGCAACAGACGUCUGAAAAUUUUCCUCGACAAUACCUGAUGACACUUGGGAACUAGAAGCUGCCCUGAAGUUUUCGUUGCACAAUUAUGUCUUUCAAAAAUAACAUGCUUUCAAAAUGUGGCCAAGUCGACGUAUUUUCAAGAGGGGCUUCAUCUUCACUCCUGCCUUUUGAAAUUUUGUUGAACCCCUUGCGGAGAACGUCCCUCAGUCCUUGCCAUUUUUUUUUAAUCAAAGUAACUGAAACAAUAAAAUAUCUUGUUAGAGAUUCCUUUUAAAGAAUCAAAACUGUUUAUAAAGAGUGACUUAUGCGUUGGCACCCUGUGUAUGUAUUAAAUUUUCUUUGCAGAUAUUUGGCAACGGGUUCUUCUUUCAAGACACUAGGCUACUCAUUUAGAAUAUCCGACGUAACAGUAGGCAGGAUAGUUCGGAAAACAUGUGAAGCGAUUUGGGACAAUUUGCAUGAACUCCAUAUGUCACUUCCGAACGAAAACGAAGUAAAAAUUGUAUUAGAUGGAUUUUGGAAGAAAUGGAAAUUCCCGAAUUGUGUGGGCUGUUUAGAUGGCAAACACGUAAAAAUAAAGAAUCCAAAACAUCCCGGAAGUAUGUAUAGAAAUUACAAACAGUUUUUUCUAUCGUUCUGCAAGCAGUAGCUGGUCCAGAUUACAGGUUUCUAUGUAUUCAUGUUGGGGCUUACGGUAAAGAGAGGGACGGUGGUGUUUUUUCACAUUCCGACCUGUCUAAGGAACUCGAAAGGGGUGCUUUAAGUGUUGGACAGUUGUCACCUCUACCAGGAACUAACGUUAAAGUACCUAACGUUAUCUUAGGCGACGAAGCAUAUCCGCUAAAAACUUUUUUAAUGAGACCGUUCCCGGUGUCGAAACUUGGGCCGUCAGAAAGUGGUUUUAAUAAGCGUCUGUCUAGAGCUCGGCAGGUGAUAGAAUGCGCGUUUGGAAUAAUGUGCCAUAAAUGGAGACUGCUACUUACAACUAUUGAAGUUCAAACACCGGAUAAUAUUGACAAAAUUAUCAAAUGCAUAUGCCUGAUGCAUAACAUCGUGAUUGAAAUAGAAGGCGAGGAACCAGUAGCGUCAUUUAUUUCCCAGCAAACACCGUCGACGAGCAGAUAUUCUUCUAUCGGUGAGAAUCGAAGUAUGAAUGCCGCUUAUGCCAUUCGGGAAAAGUUUAAAGAUUUUUUCUGUACAAUUUCUGUUAAUGAAUAAAAGUAAUAACUAAUAAGUAAACUAAUAGUUUUUUAUCAUUUUUAAAUCAAAACAGGCGAGAAGCCCGAUAACUGAAUAAUUACCCUUUUUAAAAUUAAAAAAUGAUAAGUAUAAUAUUUACAUACGAAGCUGUUUAAUAUUUGAAAAUUGGGGAAAACUUGUUGACAUACAUACCAUCAUCAAUACCCAUUUCCUUAGCCACUUCUAACCAAAGCUUUCUUUGAACGUCUCGGUGUUGAUAUCUUUUAUCACGCAUAUCCCACAGUGGUGUUUUUGCAUUUACAAUGCUUAUAAGCUUUUCAAUAUCCAUGAUUUGGCACAAAAGACGUAUUUAAUUAAAAAAUCACAUAAAUAACUGCAUCAACAAGUCAAUUUCUUGACAGCCCAACGGUAGAAAUACGGUCGACUAAUCCGAUCAGAAUGGGAUCCGCCCGCAAGUCGGCCGUGAUCGGUCAAAUUCGACCGACUAGGUCGUUUGUAGUAGACGCGCGUGAACACCUACGUUUGUCUUGGGAUUACUCGGCCGUGGUCUGGAAUAGGUUGGCCGACUACUUACUCGGACGAAUGCGGUUUCAAUGGACGAGAAGCCUACAACGAAAAAAGUAAAAAUCGCUCAAAUUUCGUUUUUUGACGUUUCAAAGGAUCAUUUUUGAAAAAAAUUAUAAGUAAACGCACGUAUUAGAUAUACAAGUAUUUCACACUUCAUAGAUUUCUCUGUACAAUAGCCGUUAAAACGAAAUGGUGGGUGUUCUGGUAUGGAAUCACACGUAUUUCUGCAUUAAUAUUGUCUAUGCUCUGACCGCGCUACCACGGUGCCACGUUGCGUGGGAAGUGUCAACCUACUUGAAGUCAUUUUCUUCAUAGAGGUAUCAUAAAAAAUGCAAGGCUGUAAAGAUUACAUUUUCGGUUAAUCAUUCUUUAACCUUUUUUUCAACAACUUGAAGGUAAAGAUGAAAUCUUAUACGAUUUUUAGGCGCUCUCCAUUCCUUUAAAGCUGCUUCCUCGGGAGGUCCAAGUGAUGUUAAGAUUCAAAUUUAUCAGAUUAACUUAUGCGAAGCAUAGAGGCGAAACCGUUGGGGUAAACAAUUUUCAUUUAAGAAUUGCCUGAAAUGUGCUGUACCAAGUACAAUUAUUGAACUAUACAGGGUGUUCGAUACAGUCUAGGUAUAACGCAACUAUGAAGUUGGGAAAUGCAAUAAAGUACAUAUCAAAUGACAUAUUUUGAUCCAAUAAGUAUCAAUUUGGUUUGAUAGUUAUGUAAAACUCUGCGGCUCACUAUAUAAAAUACAUUAAUUUGAAUUUUGCAUUUUCAUCAGUUUAACACAUAACGGUCGAUUGAUACUUUUUUCAGGGAAUUUCGAUAGUUACAGAUUCCAGUCAUAAUUGAAAAUAAUUUUUGCUGAUGUGCAAGAUGUCAAUGAAGACUCAAAACGUCCCUUACUGAAGAGCAUUCAUGCAUUCUCAUCGCAGGCCGAUAGUAGACAGCAGAUUUAAAAAAAAGAUUAACGCAUUGUUGUUAAAUUAUAGUUUAUAUCAGCACCUUAGAAGUAAAGUGUGUUAAGUCACUAAAAUAUAAUUUUACAGGAAAGGCGUUUAAAGUUUUUUUUUUCAGGUUUAUUGUACUUUCGUAAGUAUUUGUGUAUUUUUUUUAUUUUUUGUUAUGUGGUCGUUACAAUACAAUUCAGGCAUGAAAAUAAUGCAAAAAGCAAUACUUUUUUUGCAACUUCCGCU